UUUAUGUCUAAAAAUGACUAGAGUGGUGAUAACUGGAGCAUCGGGACUACUGGGAAGAGCACUUGUCAAAGAUUUUAAAGAAAAUGGCUUCACCGUGUUUGGAUUAGCAAAGAGCCGUGUGUCACCAGGCCUGCUCGCAUUAGACCUGCUGGAUAGUGACGCACUGCGCUCCAAAGUGCGCGAGCUGAGGCCUGAUGUCAUCAUCCACUCGGCUGCGUACCGCCAGCCGGACCAGGUGGAGGGCGACGCCGAGGGAGCACGCCGGAUGAACGUGCACGUGCCUCAGGUCCUCGCGGAGUUGGCCGCGGAGCUAAAGGCACAGCUGCUGUACAUCAGCACUGACUACGUGUUCGACGGCGUCUCGCCGCCGCACAUGGCCGACGAUCAGCCCAACCCGCUCAACCUGUACGGCCAGACCAAGUACGAGGGAGAGCAGGCCACCCUCAAACACUGCCCAGGCUCGCUGGUGCUGCGCGUGCCGAUCCUGUACGGGCCGGUGGAGUACCUGGCGGAGUCGGCUGUGACGGUCCUAUUCGGCGCCCUGCUGAACCCGCCGGCCGGCGGCUACACUGUCUCCGACCUGGAGGUGCGCUACCCGGCCCACGUGCGCGACGUGGCCGCCAUGUGCCGCCAGCUGAUCGAGAAACAACGCCAGGACCGCGACGGGGUCUUCGGCAUCUUCCAAUGGAGCGGCCAGGAGCCAGUCACCAAGUACACCCUGGUGCAGCAGAUGGCAGCACUGUUCGGGCUGCCGCUGGACCACGUGUCGGCAUGCCGCACGCCGCCAACGUCCGGUACCCGCCGCCCUAUGGACAGCCGACUGGACACGAGCGGCCUGCGCCGGCUGGGCAUCGGCCAGCACGUGCCGCUGGCCCAGGGUCUGCACGAGAGCCUGCUGCCCUGGGCGGAGCAGCAGGCCGGCGACGCGUCCGCCGGCUCAUGCUGA